AUGCAUAAAGAAGUAGACUCCGGGAGCGAUAACUCCACGGACUUUUUAGACACUUCGGACAGCUCGGUAUUUGAUAGCGAUACGCUGGAAGAAAGCGAAGAUCUUGCAAGAACAAGAAAAUCAUCUCGAGGGCGACCAAGAAAAUCCCCUGCAGACUCGGCAGAGCACAAAAGGCCCCACUGCAGCGCGUCUGCGCGCAUGGAGAGCGUGCAAGACCUUCUCAAGGGCCUGGAGCAGGAGGUGGACAUAAAUCUAGUCACUCCCCUGACAAAGUCAGACACGCAUCCGCACGACGCACAGGUGGAGAUGCAGGAGCCUGUCCUUGGGGGAAGAAUAAUGCUCCCUCUGAGCCCCUUCCUGAACCCAAAGAUACACGUCCCCAUAUCCCCGAGCAGCGGCGAUGGGAGCAGCAACACAGCAGAUCUGCAGGAGAGAAUAUACAACUACCAGUACAUAAAUAAAGGCCUAGCGAGCACGAUACAGUACCAGAUGUACCUGAACAACCUUGUGCUGAUGAACAAAAUAAGCACAAAGCCAAAAACAGAAGCACAUCAGACACACGCCAGAGAGACCUCAGAGAGACACAGGGCACAGCAGGCAAAAAGAUCAGCUGAAGUGCACAGCCCAACUCUAACAACAGAAAUAGACGAUGAAGACGAUGACUACUCAGAGGCACCAACAUUCACCAGCAGCAGGCCAAGGCGCAAGUCAGCUGUGCACAAGAGCAGCAUAGAGGAUCCCUCAGAGGAUGAAAUAGACGAGCCAACAGAAGAGGAGGACAACGUAGAGAAAAUACUGUCGUACAACCCCGCAGAGAAUACUUACUACGUGAAGUUCAGAGGGAAGUCGUAUCUGCACUGCGACUGGGUCCCCACUGAGGCCCUCACAGAAACAAAGACAGGAGAAAUGCGGCUGCGCAGAUUCAUGAAGAGCCCUCUUACGCACACAGAGGACACAGAGAUAUUCCACCCAGACCUAGUGGCAGUGGAGAGAAUAAUAGCAGAGGAGGACGAGGUGAUCGAAGGGACGCACAGAAAGAUAUACCUCACAAAGUGGAAAAAGUUCCCGUACGAGUCAUCAACCUUCGAGUACGCUGACCACCUCUCAGACUGCGAGGGAUUCUCCGAGGCCAUGGCAGCAUUCACCAGAAGAAGAGAAAGAGCGUACUUCCCCUCCACCCCCGCAGGAUGGAGACCCUCGCGGGACAGAGUCCCAGAGUCUCUUUCUUUCUUCAAGGGCGGGCGAGAGCUCAGGCCGUACCAGAAGGAGGGCGUCUCCUGGCUCGUUAACAAGUGGCUCUUUAGGCAGUCGUGCAUACUCGCUGAUGAAAUGGGGCUCGGAAAAACUGUACAGAGUGUAGCAUUUGUGGACACGGUUAUCUCGAAGUGCGGGCUGAAGAGGCCUGCCCUUGUGGUUGCGCCCCUCUCCACGAUCCCGCACUGGGAGAGAGAGUUUGCCGCGUGGACAGACCUUCGCGUGCUCGUGUACCACGGCUCGCAGGCUGCGCGGGAGAUAAUGCAGGACUUUGAGUUCAGGAGCACAAACGGGCUUCUCUUUGACGUCAUACUGACAACGUACGAGAUGGCUAUCGCAGGGGUGGAGCACAUCUCUGCUGUUUCAUUCGGAGUUUGCGUGCUCGAUGAAGCGCACAGGCUGAAGAACAGCAGAAGCAAAGCCGCACAGACUCUGCGCGCCAUUGAGGUAGACCACAAAGUGCUCCUCUCAGGGACGCCCCUGCAGAACAACUUGGCCGAGCUGUGGUCUCUCCUCAACUUCAUAGACGAAGACAAGUUCCCAUCGCUGAAGUACUUCCUCGGGGCGUACAAGAUGGAAGAGGCUGAAGACGUGGAGAGAAUACAGCUGCUGCUGAGGCCCCUGAUGCUACGGCGCAUGAAAGAUGACGUGGAGAGCAUCCCCGUGAAGGAAGAGACAAUCGUGGAGGUGGAGCUCACGAUGAUCCAGAAGAGAUUCUACAGGGCAAUCCUUGAGAAGAACAUGGAGUUCCUCGGGGCAGCAGGGUCAUCUACGCCCAAUCUCCUGAAUAUUAUGAUGGAGCUCAGGAAGUGCUGUAUACACCCGUAUCUCAUCGCAGGAGCAGAGGAGCAGAUUCUGAUGGAGAACGGGCAGGACAUGGUGCAGGACGUGGAUCGGUCAGAGUACUACAGGAUACUCAUACAGAGCAGCGGGAAGCUCGUGUUCCUGGACAAGCUGCUCGCUAAGCUCUACAAGAGCCACAAAGUCCUUGUGUUCUCGCAGAUGACAAAGUGUCUCGACCUGAUAGCAGAGUAUCUGCAGUACAAAGGGUACCUGUACGAGAGAAUUGAUGGAACAGUGAGAGGAGACGUACGGCAGGCUUCCAUCGACAGAUUUAGCACGGAUGCGGAUUCUUUCGUCUUUUUGCUGUGCACCAGGGCAGGAGGCGUGGGAAUUAACCUCACAGCAGCAGAUACGGUGAUUAUAUUCGACAGCGACUGGAACCCUCAGAAUGACCUGCAGGCACAGGCUCGGUGCCACAGGAUAGGACAGACAGCAGAGGUGAAGAUAUACAGGCUUGUCACGAGGAAUACGUACGAGAGAGAGAUGUUUGAUAGAGCCAGCCUGAAACUGGGCCUAGACAGGGCUAUACUGCACAGGGACAAGGAAAGAGAGUCUGCACACAACAGGAAAGGAAGAGUGGAGUCCCUGCUGAAGAAAGGAGCAUACGGCGUGCUCAUGGAGGCGGAUGACGUGAACCAGAGGUUCUGCGAGGAGGACAUUGAUAAAAUCCUGGAGGGAAGAACGAGUGUUGUAAGACACGAAGACCAGAGCGGGAAUGUGUUCAGCAAAGCAUCUUUCCAGGUGGCAGAGGAGAUCGAUGAUCCGGACUUCUGGGAGAACCUUCUGAUCAAGAGAAGAGCUGCAGACGCAGAGAGCAGACUCAGAAGAGUGCUCAGGAAGAUGGCGCGCGCAGGGCUUAUCUCCCCAGAAGAGGAGAAAGAAAGAGUGCAGAGAAUAGAAGAACUGAAGAGCGAAAUAAAGAGGGAAAGUGCAGCAGUUAAUAACUCGUCUAAGAGUACUAAUGGUGUAAAUAGCACAGGAGAGACAGAAGGAGAGAGGAAGCGCGGGGAAGUGCUGGAGCAAAAUCUCUCUGAUCUCCUGGUUGAGCUGAGGGGAACAAAGGCACCGGGGCUCAGCAAGGCACAGGUGGCAAGGAGCAUUAGAAGAGCACUCAGAGCUAUUCCUGAACAGAGCAUAAGAGAAGACAUGAGCAUGGCGCUAGAGUGGGCUACCCAGGGAGAUGAUGAAGCAGAUGACGAUAAGAGCAUUGCUCUCCCUGCAGGAGUAGACCCUCUGAGGCUCCUUUUCAGGUGCCAGGUGGUUGAGCUGCUGGAGACGUACGAGGACUCCAAGGGAGCAGCAGAGAUAGAGUGGAAGAACUGGGCAGCAGAUGACGAUGCGCUGAUUGUGCAGCAGGUAAGAGAGAACGGAUACGGGCUGUACAGCAUCAACGUAGACGAGAAAGUGCGCGUGGGCCUGCUGAAGAGCGAAAAAGGGAAGGAAACAGCAGUGUACAAAGGGCGCACAAGGGAAGAGCUCAACUCCAGGCUCAGGAAGAUGCUCCUUGUGAUCAAUAAGAAAGACGACACAGACGAAGAGAGGGAAAGCGUGUCUGCAGCAAUUGAGCUAUUCGGAAGACCAACACAGAAAAACAGGGAAAGUAUUGUGAAGAUGUACAGAGGCCGUAAUAUUAUCACUGAAAUGACGAACAUGAUAGGAAUGAUCGAAGAGAACAUGAAGAAAAGACAAAGCAGGCGCAGCGGAUUUGAUGCUGAGCUCGCUAAAGUGCUCACAAACAAGAUCAAUCUCUUUGACCGCCUGGAAGCACUCAGCGCGGGGGCCGUUCCUGUGCUAAGAAAGACAACGGGACUGCCUCGGGGCUGGGGCAAAGAGAAGGACAUGCUGAUGAUACAGUCUCUGCUGGCAGAGGGCCUUACGAAGGAAGUGUGCGACACGCUGGGAGUAACAGAGGAGGUGAUACUCAGAAGAGCUGAGGCCCUGGUGAGACACAACCAAGCGAAGAACGAACAGGAGGAGGCACCAGAGGAGAGUAAAACACCAACAGAAUAA